CUGCCUCUUUUUUUUUUGGUUAAACUUGCUGCCUCUUAUUUGUGUUCCAAUUAAACUUUCCUCCACUUUUGAAAUCAACCCCAUUUCAUAUGUGUCCUCUUACCAAAACCAUCUAACUAAACAAACCAUCACCUCUCUCUCCCUCCAUUAAAUCUCUCUGGUUUCUUAUCCCACAUUAGAGAUCAGAGAGAUAGUGCUAACCAUGACUAUCUGUGCAGUUCACACAAGCACACAGUUCAACCCAACAUGCUCAUCAAUCCCCACCCCCUCAAAGUCCCACUUGGGAUUCUGCCAAAGACAACAAGUAGUGUUCUACACCAAGAGAUCUAGCAAGAGAUCCACCCCAUGCGUUGGUCUCGUAGCUUGCGCUGCAGGUGGCCAGGAGACGGUGGUGAUUGGUCUCGCCGCCGACUCCGGCUGCGGGAAGAGCACAUUCAUGAGGAGGUUGACAAGUGUGUUUGGAGGAGCAGCAGAGCCACCAAAGGGAGGCAACCCUGAUUCCAACACUUUGAUCAGUGACACCACCACUGUUAUAUGCUUGGAUGAUUACCACUCACUUGACAGGACUGGAAGGAAGGAGAAGGGAGUCACUGCUCUUGACCCAAGAGCCAACGACUUUGACCUCAUGUAUGAGCAAGUUAAGGCUAUCAAGGAUGGCAAGUCUGUUGAUAAACCUAUCUACAACCAUGUUAGUGGACUCUUGGACCCUCCAGAGCUCAUCAAGCCACCAAAGAUCCUCGUCAUUGAAGGGUUGCACCCAAUGUACGAUCAGCGAGUCAGGGACCUCUUGGACUUCAGUAUCUACUUGGACAUCAGCAAUGAGGUUAAGUUUGCAUGGAAAAUUCAGAGGGACAUGGCCGAGCGUGGACACAGUCUCGAGAGCAUCAAAGCCAGUAUUGAAGCCCGAAAACCCGAUUUCGACGCUUAUAUUGAUCCACAAAAGCAGUACGCUGAUGCAGUUAUUGAAGUGUUGCCAACCACACUCAUUCCAGGAGACAAUGGGGGCAAGGUUCUGAGAGUGAGGUUGAUAAUGAAGGAGGGAGUCAAGUUCUUCAACCCUGUCUACCUUUUCGAUGAGGGUUCUACCAUUUCAUGGAUACCAUGCGGAAGGAAGCUUACCUGCUCUUACCCUGGAAUCAAAUUCACCUAUGGCCCUGACACUUACUAUGGCCAAGAGGUGUCAGUGUUGGAGAUGGAUGGACAAUUUGACAGAUUAGAUGAGCUGAUCUAUGUUGAAAGCCAUUUAAGCAACAUCUCCACCAAGUUCUACGGAGAAGUCACUCAACAAAUGUUGAAGCAUUCCGAUUUCCCCGGUAGUAACAACGGGACCGGUCUCUUCCAAACCAUUGUCGGGUUGAAGAUCAGAGACCUCUAUGAGCAGCUCAUUGCUAGCAAGGCAAAAAGUCCAGUAGAAGCAAAAGCUUAAUUAAGAUGAGAAACCUCUAAAAUGAGCAUCUAGUUAUCGACAUUGUAUGUAUGCACUGCAAUCAUGGGACUCUAGAAUUGAAGCAUUGGUUUUGUUUCAGUUUUCUAUUUUCCCCUCCCUCUUUCUUUAGUGUUUCUGUCUUUGUUAGGCUAUUCCUAACAAGAGCAAGGACACUUUGUACUAUCAUUAUCAUUCAUCACUUGUAAGUUGUACUUCUCUCUGGAAGAUUUGUAUUAUAGGGCAUCGAGUAAAUUAAGAAAGAUACAAAAUUCUGUUUAAGAAACAGUUUGAUGGACUUUGAUCGAUCUAUAUAUAUGUACGUAUAUUAUCUAUGGA